ACAGUACAUGAAUGUUCGCAAAUAAGUGACUAAUCUCUGAAUGUAUAUAUAGUUUAUAUAAUGAAAGGAUUAAUUCGUAGGAUAAAAUCCUGAAAUCUAAAACAAUUUGAUUUUGUGAAGAGAUAAGUGAAUCAUUGAAAAGUGACUGUUUAGGUUAAGUUUUAGAUUUAGGUUAGAUUUUAGGAAUAUUUGAAGAAGGAAAACCACUGGAAAUCAUGGUAUCGCCAUUUACCUGCAGAAGCUGUAAUGUACAGUUAUGGGAUCUGGAGAUACUGAAACAGCACUACAAGUCUGAAUGGCACAAGUACAAUUUGAAAAGAAAGAUAGUUAACCAACCACCAAUCACAGUUGAGGAGUUUGAGACAUUAAAUGCCAUGAAACGCAAGACAUUUGAGCAGUCAAAGGAUAAUUGUUAUUGCAACAUAUGUUGCAAGAUGUUCAAAACAAAAAAUCAGUAUAAGAAUCACUUGAUUUCUAAAAAGCACAAAGAAAACUCUGACAAACAAGAAAAUAAUGAUAAUGAAUUGUCCCAAAGAACCGAGAAUGCUACAGAAAACAUUAAUGGUGAUAUAUCAGGCCUUGGUAACUCUGUCUUUAUGGAGAAUGCAAUUUCUAGUAAGAGAACAGAUGUGGAGGAUAUAGAGACUGACUCAGUCGUAGAGUCUGUGGAUUCAGACGAAUGGAUAGAAGACACUGAGAAUCCUGUGGAUAAUAACAAUUGCUUAUUCUGUGAUCAUCAAAGUAGAUCAUUAGCACGCAACUUGAACCAUAUGGUAAUUGCACAUUCUUUCUUUAUACCUGAUCCUGAGUACUGUGUGGAUGUAAGGGGCCUGUUGACAUAUCUAGGGGAAAAGAUAUUUGCUGGAUAUAUGUGCAUCUGGUGCAAUGAAUCAGGUAAAGCCUUCCAAAACGUGCACGCAGCGAGAGCGCACAUGCUGGACAAGGGACACUGCAAAAUGCUGCACGAAGGCGAGACUUUGCUCGAGUACAGUGAUUUCUACGACUACUCGUCCAGCUAUCCGGACGGCGAGGAUUCCAGCGCAGAAGUGAGGCUGCCCGUUGAGCUGGACGAUACCGGUUAUCAGAUAACGCUACCGUCCGGCAAUGUGAUCGGCCAUCGAGAGCUUAUGAGAUAUUAUAAGCAGAAAUUAAACCCGAACAGCACGGUCAAGUCAGUAAGCGAUAAAGUGCGCAAGAUAAUGCUGCAAUAUCGAUCUCUCGGUUGGACCGAGACAAGUAAACCGAAUGCCGCGCGGAAAGCUCGGGAUAUCAGGUACAUGCAAAGUAUACAGGCCAAGUACUCGACGCAAUUGCAGUUCAAGGCGAACAAGUUGCAGCAUCACUUCAGGAAGCAAACGAUAUUCUAAGCUUCGGCCACUUCGACUCUUAGACGUCACAGGAGACUUCCACGAACGCGAAGUUUCUUCACGAGGUAAAACACUUAAUAGUCAAUAUUCUGUCUACUCUCGUCAUUCCUACGCGGAUUUUAUCAAGUAUUUAAAAAAAUAACGAAUAAUUGACAAAAUCCCUUUAAUACACUUUAAUAUUUGAUAAAAUAUGCGCAAGAAUGCUGAAUAUUAGGCAUUCUGUUCUGUUAUCUCUAUUAUUAUGUUGUUACGACUCGUUCAUGUAACUGUACUAUAUAUAAUGUAAAAAUGAAUAAAUGCAUCUACAUUUAAAUAAAAAGAGUGAAGGGAUCACUCGCAACACCGUUCAUCGUGGUCUCGUUUUAUAAACGAUUGCUACGAAAUCGAAAUUUAUUUUAAAGGAUAUACACAUUUCACGCAAUACAAAUCAUUAUAAAUCGCGUAUUAUUUUGGCGGACGUUCUUACAAAAUAACUCGUUUUUAUACUCUCGCAAACACGCGACAACGACGACAAAAAUAUUCUUUAUUCUUCCUCGCGUAUGAUUCUCCUCCCUUCCCUUCUUUCUUCUUUCGUCCCUUUUAAUUUGUAUACUCAUAUGGACCCGUGUUUUAUUUAGCAACAGAGCGGGGACAGCUCCCUUUCUAUAUUCUCUCGCGAUAUAUAGAAUGUAAUGUAUGUACGUAUAUAAAUUCGAAAACAAUCCGUCGUCGCGUUUCGCUGAUGCUCGCACGAGAGAAAAAGAGAGAAAAGAAUCGUGCAUUAUUGGAUUUACUAUAACUGGACGUUAUUAUGCACUCCAUGGACCGUUCCUCAUCGCGACAUCAGUGAAUCGCGAGACGCGCGCGGAAGGGUCAACGACAAAUCGUUGCUUCGACUCGACACCGCGACAUCUUUCAAUUUCAAACUCGAAAUCUAUCUCGAGAUUGCAAUCGCUGUGACGCGGGUUUCACUUCACGAGGAAACGCAGUUACGGAAAGAAUUACACAGGACCACAAAAAAAUAAAGUCUUUUUACCAGAAAGAAGAACCACUAUUUUUUAUAUAUUUCGACUGUAUUAUGUAUUAUUGGAAUUGAAUAUGACCUUUAAAAUAACGUAGCUUUAUAACAAGCUGUUAUAACAAGUUUUUGUUAUGGGUAAUGAGUAAAAAAAAGACUCCAAAGCAUUUUUCUACAUAGAACAUGCACGUUGUGAUUAAAUUUUAAAAAAUUAAAAACAAUCAUGUAUAUUUGUGUCGAAACAUUCAAACCUUUUAAUAAACGAGAUAUUAAGUUA